AUGGACGCCGUCUGGCCUCUUAUAGAUGAUGGUCUAGGCCGUGAUGGAGAUGAGGAUGAGGAUGAGGAUGGAUUUCUUUUCCUUAUCGAAGGAUCUUAUCCCCUCUGCUCCCCCUGUGCCGAUCGAGGGGUCCCCCAGGGCAGGGUCCAAAAGUUGCCAAAGUCGCUCCGUUCCCUACGGCGACAGCUACGGCGACAGCUACAGCUACAGCUACAGCUACAGCUACAGACAGGACCGGCUAAGCCCAAUGGGAAGACGGCCGAGGGAAAUACCUCCGCCAUAUCAACCCACCCUUCCCUUCUUCCUCUCAACAACAUAACUAACUACAUCCCCCAAUUCGCCUCUAUAACCCACCCAAAUCCCGUAUUUUCUGGCCGAGGUCGAACCAGACUUACCCAGAUAUAUCGCGACAUCGAUUGGAAAGUGGACGGACCGCCGACCCUCCGCCCAUCUAUCUUAAGUCAACACCUCCAGAACGGCAAAAUCUCCGGACUUUUAUGCGACGAGAUGAUGCUCGCCCUCGAUACCGCCCAACCCGACUCUGCUCAACCGGCUGGGUAUCGUCACGAAUCUAUCCACGAUGAACUCCUGCCACAUCGGAUCGGCGACGAUGAUGGCCACCCGCGGUCUCCGCUGCACAUGCCCCCAGGUCAAAUCGAUGGCCUCGAGUCCUUGCAAGCAGACAACCUCCUCAAGAUGCGUGGACAAUCAACUCAUCGGAGAGACUCUGAUGACAGCCUCCUUGAUCUCGAUCUCGAUCUCCAUCUCGGAGGACCUCGUCCAGCGGCACAGCUCGCAGUGUCCGCAUUGCAGUAUCUUCCAUAUCCCGUCAUCGUCUUGAGCGCGCUGAAAACACUCGUCAUGGCCAACGAUGCCAUGGGAAGACUGCUGGGGAUGGAAGAGACGGAUGGCGAUGUCGCUAGUGACGACGGGACCACAAUCUCCGAUAGGCUGGGUGGGCAAACUUUGAACCAGCUUGGUAUCGAUAUGCUGCAGGACGGCCGGCCGGUCUGGGUAACCUGGGAGGCGUUCCUCAGCAGCAUCGCGGAAGAGAUGGGCCAGCAAACCACGGAGGAUCCGAUGCGGCGGACGGGCUCUGAAGCUGGAGAAGGGGAUAGAACCCCAACGGUCGAGAGAACAGAGCCUUUGAGGAGCAGUCGAUCGAGUCACAAGGAACGGCCUAUGGUUCGCGAUGCCGUGGUGGAGGUAGUCAUAUCCCAGGAGAAGAUUGGCCAGAGUCUGUUUGCGGCCCAUUACAGUGCCAGAAAAACCCCAAGGCAUGUUUUUGCCAAAAUGAUCAUAACUGUCUGGGAGAUCGAGGACGAGAAGUUCUUCACUUUGACAUUUACCAAUACAGACGCGCAGCAGAACUCACUCCCAGCUUCCACGGGCCAGUCGAGGCAAGUGACAAGGGCCACGAAGAAUUCCUCCUUCGGCUCGGCAGGAUCGAGAUCGCACUCCUCCUCCUCUGUCAGCUCCGGCAAAAACUCAACCCGAGGUGGUGGCUCCUCCUCAUCGUCUGCUAUCACGAGCCCUACUACCCUCUCCAUGUCCACAAGCCCCUUUCCGCCGUUAGGCCCUCCGUCCAAGCUCAGCACCUCAAGUGCCCCGUCGACUUUUCAGAAGAUCAUCUUGAUGAAAGAUGCUCUGAUGGAUACCACCUCGGUACCCAUUCUGGCCAUGUGGAAAGACGAAAGCCUAACGAUACCCAAUAGAGCUGCAAGGCGAUUGUUUGACCCGGCAGCGGAUCUCUCCAAUGUCAAAGACGGGGCUGACUUGAUAACGAAAUGGGAGUUGUACGACGAGACGUUGACCACCAAGCUGGACCCUAGUGAAUACCCGAUCUCAGUGCUCAUCAAAACACAGACACCGUUUUCCAGUCGCAAAUUUGCCAUGGUCGACCCCGAUACGAAGCAGAAGACCGUUUACGACGCCCUCGGGGAGGGUAUCUAUGGCGAUGACGGAGAGUUUCUCGCUGGAGUGGUGUCAUGCCGCGAUAUCACCUCCCUGACGGAGACGAUCACGGAGAUCAAGGCCAAGGAUGAGCAGCGAUUCUCAAUGAUCGUUGACAGUAUGCCGCAAAUGAUUUGGACUGCGACUCCGGAUGGUCUACAUGACUGGUUCAGCCAAAGAUGGUAUGACUACACGGGAUUGAGCCCAGAACAAUCUCUCGGAUUGGGCUGGAAAUCAUCGUUCCACCCCGAAGACAUGGUCAACGCUGGUAAGAGGUGGGCACAUUCCCUCGCUACUGGUACACCAUACAGCACAGAGUAUCGCUGUAGGAGCAAAGAAGGCGAGUGGAGAUGGAUGCUAGGCCGCGCCUUGCCAAUGAGGAAUCUUCACACUGGAGCCAUCGAGAAGUGGUACGGAACGUACACAGAUAUACAUGAAUCUGUCGAGACGCGAUAUGCCGCGAAACGAUUGCGACAACAACUCCUCUCUGUCAUCACACACGCUCAAGUCACACUUUUCUCAGUGGACAGGGAACGCAAGAUAACCCUGCUCGAAGGAGCUUUCAUCUGGGAUCUGGACAGCGAUAUUGGAUCCGGUGACGAGAGUUCGAAUAGCAAAAACAGGGGAGGCGAAGACUUCAUUGGCAGAAAUGUCUACGAUGUUUUAUAUCAGAGCAGAGCCCUUCGCGACCAUGAUGGUGUUCCUGCGUCUCUGAAACCGAUCGAAGACAUCCUGACUGGGAAGACAAUGGAGGAGGUUCAGGAGCACUGCAUCGAUGACCGAUGGUACCGGACGAAGUUCGUACCAAUCCUGGGCAAGAAGGACAACGGUGGCCAAGCAAACGAAGCGUGGAUCGAUGGGGUAAUCGGUGUCAGUAUGGAUAUCACCGAAAUCAAGGAUCGUGAGCUGGAUCUACAGGCCCAAGAGAAGGAGAACUCGAGGCUUUUGGCCAACGAGGCGGCUGCUAAAGAAGCCAGUCGGCUGAAGAGUCAGUUCCUCGCCAACAUGUCGCACGAGAUUCGAACGCCCAUUGCUGGAGUCAUUGGGAUGGCAGAACUCCUGACAGAUAUGGAUCUAGACGAGGAGCAACAAGACUGUGCAGAGAACAUCCAGCGCUCUGCCAAUGGUCUUCUGACUGUCAUCAAUGAUAUUCUUGACUUCUCGAAAGUCGAAUCUGGUCGUCUGGACAUCGAGGAAGUGCAGUUCUCACUCUCUGUGGUGGUCAGGGACGUGAGUAAAAUGCUCGGAUUCGCCGCCGAAAGGAAGAACCUCAUGUUCAAGUCGGACAUCGAUGUUGGUUUAGAUACAGAUCUGAUUGUGAUGGGGGACCCAGGACGAGUGCGCCAGAUCAUCACAAAUUUACUUACCAACAGUAUAAAGUUUACCAGCGAGGGCUACGUCAAAUUCUCUGUUCUGAAACAGAGGGAAACGGCCGAUGUCUUUGAAGUCAAAUUUGUGGUGGAAGAUAGUGGAAUUGGAAUCGAAGAGGAGGUGCGGAAACGGCUCUUCAAGCCUUUCAGCCAGGCAGAUUCCUCGACGGCACGACGCUUCGGCGGAACAGGUCUUGGACUGACCAUCAGCAAGAAUCUCGUGGAUUUGAUGCAUGGAACGAUAGGCUUAGAAUCGUCUCUGGGAGCUGGCACCACUGCCACAUUCACGAUCCCUUUCAACAAACCCCAAUUCCACAACGGUUCAUCGGCACUGAUCGAUAUCGGCUUGCUUCCCGAUCGUUUGCAGUCUGAGAUGAGCGUCUCGUGCAGCAGUUCUGAUUACGAUCAAGUUAUGGGGACACCGCCCAUGAAUAUUCCGAUGAUCAUGUACGGCAGGGGAGGGACGAAGCCCCGAUCCGUCAGCAUGACUCCACCUACGCCAUCGGAACUCGAUCUCUCCCCCGAAGAGAGGGCCAAGGUCAAGAUCCUACUUGUUGAGGAUAACGCCAUCAACCAGCAGAUCGCGCUCAAAACCAUCAGGAAGCUCGGCUUCGCCGUGUCUGCGGUCUGGAACGGCAAAGAAGCCCUGGAUUACGUCCUCGCCUCCGACUCUCGCCACCCCCCUCAGCCCAAACCAGACAUAAUCCUCAUGGAUGUGCAGAUGCCCAUCAUCGACGGCUACCGUGCAACGCACCUUUUACGCCACCAUAAACCCUACAACCAUCUCGCUCGUAACAUCCCAAUCGUGGCCAUGACUGCCUCCGCCAUCCAGGGCGACCGCGAGAAGUGCAAGAAGGCAGGCAUGGACGACUACCUCGCCAAACCCGUCAAGGGAAAGACGCUCGAGAAGAUGCUCGUCCGCUGGGCCAUCAGCAGACGAGUGUCGCAGAGUGCCGGCGGCGACACCUCCAGCGAUGCCGAAACGAGCGACUGCACGGAGCCCGAGGAGCACAAUUGCGGGAGCGUUGCUGUUCCGAUGUUUGGGCAAGGGUCGCCAACGAGCGUGCCGUCUUCAGGGACCACGGUUCCGAAAGCCAGCUCAGGAAACUUGGGUUCCAAAGGUCUGACGGUUGCGGAACGGCCGACUAUGAACGCGCGACGUGAUUCACAUCACCUUACUCUCCCCGGUCCGGAGUCGGAAGGCGAAAGGGCCGGUAAGCGGGAAGAAGCCGAGGAAAAGGCUACGGCGCUUAGAGACGAGAAGAUGGUUAUUGCUGCCGCUGGGCCGGGGGGCCUGUUGAGUCUGGGAUCGAGUCCCAUGGGUGAAGAGAACCGAGGGGGGCAUGCGCUGACGGAGGAGAAUGUAGGGAAGCUCGAGCGAGAGGCGAGGAGUAAGAGUAGGAACAGGCCGGGGCAUAAGAAGCGGAAUGUUAGCAAGCUUGCUGGGGCGAGCUUGAGAGCUGAGGAUACGGGGAGUUCCAAUGGGGAUGGCGGUGGUGCGGGCAGAGGGAGUGAGGAGCGUCCGACCUUAGGGAGGAGGUGGCGAGACAGUGAAAGGACUGUUAUGACGCUUGAUGAUCGGGAGAGAGAGAGGGACAGGGCGGCUGGGCAGCACUGA